CCUCUCUCUCUCUCUCCCCCCCCUCGCAACUCCUAACUACUUCACACCCACCAACUCCCCUGAGGGACUCUUUCUGCUUCACCUCCUUCCUCAUUUCCUCGCCCCCUCGCUCAUCACCAACCUGCUUCGUUCUUCCUCACCUACGCUUCUCUCCCUCUCUCUCGUAGCAGCCUCUUCAUCAAAAUUAUAGUUAUUAUAUAUUUUUGGCGCCUUUAAUUUCUGCAGUUUCAUAUCUUCAGGCAGGACCAUCAUGCAGCCUUCCACCUCCGUCAAGGCUAUCUCGCCUUUCGAUCUGAUGUCUGCCAUAAUCAAGGGCAAGGUAGACCCCUCCAAUGUAUCCUCCGAGGCUGCCGGUGAGGUUGCUUCCAUGCUUUUGGAGAACCGGGAGUUCGUCAUGUUCUUGACCACUUCCAUAGCUGUUUUGAUCGGCUGUGUGGUGGCCUUGUUAUGGCGGAGAUCUGGCGGUCAGAAGGUCAAGGCCGUUGAGCCUGUUAAGCCGGUGAUCUCCAAGGAGCCGGAGGUUGAGGUAGAUGAUGGUAAGAAAAAGGUCACCAUCUUCUUCGGUACGCAGACUGGUACUGCAGAAGGAUUCGCAAAGGCGCUUGUUGAAGAGGCCAAAGCCCGGUACGAGAAGGCAACGUUUAAAGUCGUGGAUUUGGAUGAUUAUGCAGCUGAUGACGAUGAAUACGAGGAAAAAUUGAAAAAGGAGACGCUGGCUUUUUUCUUUCUGGCCACAUAUGGUGAUGGACCGACCGACAAUGCCGCAAGAUUUUACAAAUGGUUUUCUGAGGGGAAUGAGAGAGGAGAGUGGCUUCAAAAUCUUCAGUAUGGUGUGUUUGGCCUCGGCAACAGGCAGUAUGAACAUUUCAAUAAGGUGGCUAAGGUGGUUGAUGAAAUUCUUGCUGAGCAAGGUGGGAAGCGUCUUGUCCCCUUGGGUCUGGGAGAUGAUGAUCAAUGCAUAGAGGAUGACUUCUCUGCAUGGAAAGAAUUGGUGUGGCCAGAAUUGGAUCAAUUGCUUAGAGACGAGGAUGAUAGAUCCGUAUCUACCCCUUACACUGCUGCUGUCUUGGAGUAUCGGGUUGUUAUUCAUGGACCAGCAGAUGAACGUGUUGAUGAUAAGAGCUGGCAUAAUGCAAAUGGCCAUGCUGUUGUCGAUGCUCAACAUCCAUGCAGAGCAAACGUUGUUGUAAGAAAGGAGCUUCACACUCCUGCAUCAGAUCGUUCUUGCACUCAUUUAGAAUUUGACAUUUCUGGCUCUGGACUUGCAUAUGAAACAGGAGAUCAUGUUGGUGUUUACUGUGAGAAUCUGGCUGAAACUGUAGAAGAGGCAAUUAGAUUACUAGGUCUGUCACCAGAUACCUUUUUCUCCAUCCAUACUGAUAAUGAAGAUGGGACACCACUUAGUGGAAGCUCCUUGCCACCUCCAUUUCCUCCUUGCACUUUAAGAACAGCUCUGACUCGAUAUGCAGCUUUGAGCUCACCUAAGAAGUCUGCGUUACUUGCCUUGGCUGCCCAUGCUGCUGAUCCUUCUGAAGCUCAACGGUUAAGAUAUCUUGCAUCACCUGCUGGAAAGGAUGAUUAUGCAGAGUGGGUUAUUGCUAAUCAGAGAAGUCUCCUUGAGGUCAUGGCUGAAUUUCCGUCAGCCAAACCUACGCUUGGUGUCUUUUUCGCAGCAGUUGCUCCUCGUUUACAGCCCAGAUAUUACUCAAUCUCAUCAUCUCCAAGGAUAUCUCCAUCCAGAAUCCAUGUUACUUGUGCAUUAGUUUAUGACAAAACGCCCACCGGGAGGAUUCACAAAGGAGUGUGUUCAACAUGGAUGAAGAAUUCUGUUCCUUUGGAGGAAAGUUCGGACUGCAGUUGGGCCCCUAUCUAUGUCAGGCAGUCAAAUUUCAAACUUCCCGCUGAUACUAAAGUGCCGAUAAUCAUGAUUGGACCUGGCACUGGAUUAGCUCCUUUUAGGGGUUUCUUGCAGGAAAGAUUAGCGCUGAAAGAAGAAGGAGCUGAACUUGGCCCCUCCGUGUUAUUUUUUGGAUGCAGGAACCGUAAAAUGGAUUACAUAUAUGAAGAUGAGUUGAACCACUUCGUCGAAAGUGGUGUGCUUUCAGAGCUUGUUGUAGCCUUCUCCCGCGAGGGACCCGCCAAAGAAUAUGUGCAACAUAAGAUGGUGGAGAAGGCUUUGGAUAUUUGGAGCAUGAUAUCUCAGGGAGCUUACAUUUAUGUGUGUGGUGAUGCCAAAGGCAUGGCUAGGGAUGUCCACCGUACUCUACACACUAUUGCGCAAGAGCAGGGUUCUAUGGAUAGCUCUAAAGCAGAGAGCUUGGUCAAGAACCUACAAAUGAGUGGCAGAUAUUUGCGUGAUGUAUGGUAACGACCUCUUAAUAGAAGGCAAAAGAAGCAGAAGAAAUAAAAGCUUUGGUAAAUAUGCGUUGUGGGUUGAAUUACCUGGAAGGGGGGGUUUUUGCAACGCCCUCUUGGAAAGCCCUCAAACGGGGGUCUCUACCAGUUGCCUUCUGGGACUGGUCCCUGGAUUCUUUUUUUUCUUUUUACUAUUUUUCCAAUGGAUUCUUUUGUUCGUGUAACUUAUGUAGUUCAAGCUUCGGCAAAGAUUUAAAAAAAAAAAAAAACUCUUAUAUGUUAGCUAAAUUUGUUGUUUAUACCCAGAUUAUGCAAGUAUGAACUCUCCAGUUUUCUUUUAUGAACCUAUAAAGGUUCAGGGACAAAUUGGUAAUAUUAUUAUUUCGUAGAUUGUA